AUGGAACAGGCCGGUGCCGCAGCGGCAUUCACAGUCGAUAUGCUCAUAUAUCCUCUCGAUACGCUGAAGACGCGCUAUCAGAGCCAAGAUUUCGUGCCCAAGUCUGCAACAGCGCCCAAUUCAAAGCCUCUGGCCUUGCGUGGCCUGUACCAAGGCAUAGGGAGCGUGAUACUGGCUACUCUCCCAGCAGCUGGAGUAUUCUUCGCCACGUAUGAAAGCGCAAAGGGUAUAUUCGGGCGGCAUUUGUCUGUGCCUCAGCCAAUGGUUCAUUCGUGUGCCUCAUCUGUCGCCGAGAUGGCAUCCUGUCUCGUCCUAACUCCAGGAGAGGUCAUAAAGCAAAAUGCUCAAAUGAUACGCGCCGAAUUUACGGGAUCAAGUUUGCGCAAAUCCACGUCGUUGGCGGCAUUCCGUCGCCUAAUUGGAGCAGGUAAUGCAACAAGGAGUCUAUUUUCGGGCUACACAGCGCUGGUAGCACGAAACUUGCCCUUUACGGCCCUUCAAUUUCCCAUGUUUGAAUACGCAAGAGGGCGUUUGUGGGACAAGCGGUUGCGUUCUCGAAAGGACCAGACGAAAAGCGUCAUGGAGACGGGCCUGAUAGCUGGAUCGAGUGCGGUGACGGCCGGGGCCCUGGCUGCGUUUGUGACAACACCGAGCGAUGUGAUUAAGACACGAAUGAUGGUGAAAGCCGGCACCGGGGAUGACAGAAACAACGCUCAGCGACAUCGCAAGGGCGCAAUCUCGGUGAUGAAAGACAUCUGGCGUGGAAAGGGGAUCCGGGGAUUCUUCCGCGGGGGAGCGUUUCGCUGUGCUUGGACGGCAGUUGGCAGCGGUUUGUAUCUAGGCAUGUAUGAUGCUGCGAAAUUAUGGCUUGGAGGUGAAGAGGGAGUCUUGGCCGAUGGCUGA